AUGACUUCAACGAUUGGGAUUUGUAGUCGGUGGCGCCAGAAGCUUCAUCAUACAAUCCGCAGGCUAAACUCAGAUUGGAAGCGUUCCUUGCAUACAUUAACUGGAGACCAUGCUCACGGCUUUCAGUUUCUGGGACGAAACGAUGCAAAAAAGAAAAUUGAAAAGAUUCUCUCUUCUGGAGCAGUGGAAGUAGAUUUCGCCAGCUACAUUGAAUCGGGGUGGUUGAGCAAAGAAUGUCCCAUUCGGAAGAUUUAUGUUAACCAGCUAGCGGCUAACACUCCUUUAGAAGAUCGAUGGAAUGUGGGACUUACACAGGUCGAUGGGGUCGUUUCUAGCUGCCUUUUCACAGUCCUGGACGGACAUUCGGGUACUAUGUGUGCACACACACUGGCUUGGUCUCUAUUAGACUACGUCGCAGCGUCUUUUCUGAACAGAGAAAAGUUGAUGCUGGCAAUGAAUCAUUGGCGCUCACAUGAUUCACAACAGCCGUAUCAUUUGGCGCGACGAUUGGUCUUGCUGUCCUCGAGUGAUCGUCGUCGUUUGGGUCAUGCGGCCAGUCCUCCUGCUCCACAACUUUCAGCGCAUUUGCGACUCUGUUUACAGAACUAUGUAAAGGAAUUACUGGAAAGAACAGAUCGGAAUAGUAAGUCUUUGUCUGUUAUUUGGCGUCGGGUAUAG